AUGUCUUGUUUCGCCAAGAUAUAUGCUUUCUUGAUCACCAAGCCACCCAUGCUGUGGCCAAUGACAACGAUGUAUGUUCCGGAAUUGAUAAUGCAUAACAUCGCGCACUUCCAUGCGAAGAGACUGCCAAACAACACCAUUGCUGGUGGCAGGAUUUCUCAUGUUGCGCAGAUAUUCUGGGAUCAGGACAUUAUCAAUGCAGUCGAGUCGACCUACCCAUACAACACAAACAAAAUUCCUAUCACGCCUAACGCGGAGGACCGGGUGGUGGGCCAGGAGACUCAGAACACCAAUACUGACCCGAUGCUUAACUACGCGUAUCUGGGUGACCGUGUUGAAGAUGGACUGUUUGCUUGGAUUACUUUUGCUGUCAACCUGUCUGCUGUGCACUACCCAUACUACACGAAUGUCUAUACAGAAAAUGGUGGUAUGGCUGUUGAUGGAACUUCUGAUGGAAACCCAAGAGCUGUUGACGGUGGACUUCCUUAG